AGCGCCCCGCACCCCGCCCGCCGCCCAUGGUGCUGCCCGGCCCGCCCGGCAUGGCCCGCUCCGAGGAGGUGCAUCGCCUCACCGAGAAUGUCUACAAGACGAUCAUGGAGCAGUUCAAUCCCAGCCUCAGGAAUUUCAUUUCUAUGGGGAAGACCUAUGAAAAAGCCUUAGCAAGUAUGACAUACGCAGCAAAAGGGUACUUUGAUGCUCUGGUGAAGAUGGGAGAGUUGGCCAGUGAAAGCCAAGGGUCGAAAGAAUUGGGGGACGUGCUCUUCCAGAUGGCAGAAGUCCACAGGCAGAUCCAGAACCAGCUGGAGGAGAUGCUCAAGUCCUUCCACAACGAGCUCCUGACGCAGCUGGAGCAGAAGGUGGAGCUGGACUCCCGGUACCUGAGUGCUGCACUGAAAAAAUACCAGACAGAGCAGAGGAGCAAGGGGGACUCACUUGACAAGUGCCAGGCAGAGCUGAAGAAACUUCGGAAGAAGAGCCAAGGCAGCAAGAACCCCCAGAAGUACUCGGACAAGGAACUGCAGUACAUCGAAGCCAUCAGCAACAAGCAAGGGGAGCUGGAAAACUACGUGUCUGAUGGCUACAAGACAGCUCUGACGGAAGAGAGGAGACGGUUCUGCUUCCUGGUGGAGAAGCAGUGCGCGGUGGCCAAGAGUGCCAUCACCUACCACGCCAAGGGGAAGGAGAUGCUGACACAGAAGCUGCCGCUGUGGCAGCAAUCCUGCUCGGAUCCCAACAAGAUCCCGGACCGCGCCAUACAGCUGAUGCAGCAGAUGGCUGCCAGCAGCAAUGGCACCAUUAUGCCCAGCCCUCUGUCCACAUCCAAGUCCAACCUCAUCAUCUCUGACCCCAUCCCUGGUGCCAAACCUCUCCCUGUCCCCCCGGAGCUGGCACCUUUUGUAGGACGCAUGUCGGCGCAGGAGGCCAUGCCGGUGAUGAACGGAGUCUCAGGCCCAGACAGCGACGGGUACAACCACUGGUCUGAGAUGAAGCCAGCACAGCCCAAAUCUUUAUCUCCUCCCCAGCCUCAGAAGCAGCUGAGUGACUCUUACUCCAACACACUCCCAGUUCGCAAAAACGUGCCACCGAAAAACAGCUACGCCUCAGCUGAAAACAAGACACUGCCACGCUCCAGCUCCAUGGCUGCCGGGCUCGAGAGGAACGGCAGGACGAGGGUUCAGGCCAUUUUCUCUCAUGCUGCUGGGGACAACAGCACCCUCCUGAGCUUCAAGGAGGGCGACCUCAUCACGCUGCUGGUCCCAGAGGCCCGGGACGGCUGGCACUACGGAGAGAGCGAGAAAACCAAAAUGAGGGGCUGGUUUCCUUUCUCCUACACACGGGUCCUCGACAACGAUGGCAGCGAGCGGGUCCACACCAGCCUGCAGCAAGGGAAGAGCAGCAGCACCGGCAACCUCCUGGACAAGGACGACAUCGCCAUCCCGCCCCCCGACUACGGCAUGGCCUCCCAGGCCUUCCCGGCGCAGGGCGGCAGCACCUUCAAGCAGCGGCCGUACAGCGUGGCCGUGCCCGCCUUCUCCCAGGACUACCUAAUGCCCUAUGGGUGUGCAAUUAAAGACUAUUCCAGUGGCCUCUGCCAAGCACCCUCCGCUCACUACAAGCCUUACACUAGGUCGACAGCUGGUCUCGAUGACUACGGGACGAGGUCCGUCAGCAGCGGCAGUGGCAGUUUGGUAUCAACGGUGUGAGGACACCCGGGCUCGCGGCGGCCCCUUGCUGCUUGGAAGAGCUUUCUGCUUCUUUCCCCCCCUUUUUUUUUUUUCCUUCCCUCUCGUUUCUCUUUCUCUACUUCUUUUGGAUUCGAAACUCUUGUGAUCUUCAAGGAAACCAUGGUGCUUCUCACCCCUCCCCGGUGUUCACAGUGCCCUUGUUUCUGAAGCCUUUUCGAAGCAGAAACUGCCUGUGCUCGCAGCCCGAGCGCAGCUGACACUUAGUGGGACCCGUGUUUGUCCUCCCGUGUGAUGUUAGCGAUGCACUGUCCCCCCGGGGCCGCGCCGGCCGCCCCGCACGAGCCUGGACCAAACUCCCAGACUGGAACACAUAUGCAUGGCCUCUGGUGUCCGUACUGUUACUGAGCAUCCGGGAUGCCCGCGCCCGGGAUGCCGUUCCCGGAGGGGGGGCAGCGUCCCUGCGCCUCCCCCUCAGCCUGAUCCGCUUCCAUCCCACCACGGUGGCUUUGGGAGAAGCGGAUGGCACAGACCCCCCGCCCCGGGGAAAGGGCUGCUUCUGGGCUGGGGUCCCGCCGGCCGUGGGAACCCCUCCCGGAAGGGUUACUCCUGGUUGUUUUAUAAAUAUAUAUAUAUAUUUUUUGUAGCAAGGUAUUGUUACCUCACGUUAGGGCUGGGGGUCCGGGGACACACUCGCAUCCCUAAACCGGGCUUGGGCGAGGCAGCCCCCACGCUGUGCCCCACGGUGGGCUCGGCAGUGCCCAGGGGGGCUCCCACCUGGCACUGGGGUCCUGCUCCUGCACUCGCCCGUAGCCCUCCCAGUGCCCGUGGCCGUCUCCACUGCAAAGCUGUUCACGCUUUUUUCUGAUGUGAUUUUUAAGACCUCUGACAUUGCCUGUUUACUGGGACAUUGCUGGCAAUAGACUCCCCCCGGACCAGUUUUUGGGUUAUCUCCUCGCCUACAGGCACGUUGUUCCGAGCCCUUCCUGCAUCGAUGUCCGAAUUUUGCUAAAGAUUUUUAACCCAGGAUAUUUCACGCUGAAUGACAGAGAGUAGGGGAGGGGGAAAAAAACCACAAACCCAGCCUAGCAAAGCCUGUGUGGAGAUUGUAAAGUGGUGAAAAACCUUUUUUUAAAAGCCAGAGAGAAUUGUGCCCUGUACUGAGUUAUUGUUCGAAUAAAAGUUUUAUUUAUUGCAUUGA